AUGCCGUGAGCUUGCCGAAUUUCCGUGUAGAUUCGCACUUGGUAUUCGGAUCUUCCACAAAUUUCAGUCCGAAUGAUUUUCGCUCCUAUAUAUGGACUCUUCGACAAACGGGGUCUUCUCCAUUCGUAUUGGUGGUGAUUUCUUCGCUUCGGCUGGAGCUGCGGCGAUAUUUGUUGUGCAUUGUAGCCUUGCAGUGACUGUUUCUGGCAAUCAGUCCAAUUUGGGUGACUGAUUGCCAAAUAGCAAAUGACUCCGGAAGGUGCACUUAAGCCCAGUAACUCCUUGAGUGGAAUGUAUGGAGUUCAUUUGCUGCCACAUUCUCCCUUUGAAAUCCGAACCAUAAAGCAACAUGAGGAUCCCAACCAUUCAGCUGGUGGAACUUCUUCCGUUGGGAGCAAGCAAUGGUUGAUCCCCCAGAAAGUUUGGCAACAGAUGCCUCCCUGUCUAAAGCCCAUCCACUGUUGUGUUAAUGGUGAUAAAACCCUUGUUGAACGAGUUGCUAAUGUGCUUACUUCACUUCCUUUUAUUUCUCUUGGAAUCCAGGCCCCAAGGAGAAAUCUUAAUUGUAAAAUCUACGCAAAUUCGUUGAUUGGAGUAGGAAUUGCCUCUAGUUUGUAUCAUGUUUCAAGAGGGAAGUUGAGGAAGUAUUUUAGAUGGGCUGAUUAUACAAUGAUUGCCAUGGCAACUGUGUGCCUGUCCAGAGCUCUUCGGAAUGACAACUCCAAGAUGCUUAUGACUGCAUCUGCCCUAAUGUUACCAGUACAGCCACUUAUGGUGUCUGCAGUUCAUACAGGGUUGAUGGAGGUAGAAUUUGCAAAGAGAGCUCUUGAAGAACCAAAUCUGAGGAUGGCUCAUAGUGUUCACCAGAUGUCAUCUUUAGUAGGCGGUGCACUUUUCAUUGCAGAUGAUGUUUUCCCUGAAACCCCAUUUCUACACGCAGGUUGGCAUCUAGCUGCUGCAGUCGGAGUUGGCACUUGCAACAAACUAUUGGAGUAGCAAAGUUUGUUCCGGUUUAUCAUCAAUUUGCCGAAAAAACAUGUCCAUGAAUCAACAUAAGACAGAAUUGGGGUCAAUCAGUCAGAAGCAUAUAUCCCAUUUUAAUCUCCUUGAACAAGUAAUCCAUGUCAAUCUAUGUUGCCAUUGGUCGAAAUCAAUAAGGUUAGGAAGCUCUUUCUUGCGCGAUCAGAACCUCGACGAGAGCUGGAGUAUAUUGUUGUUAGAACCAUUUCUUCUUCAUAUUGUGUACCAUUUGUUACAGAUUCACUAGCCCUUAAUGUUUGUAUGGAAAAUUGUCAUUGUUGUGUUUCUUGAUAAUGUAACAAACAGUUCUUGUCUUUUAUUUAGCUGAAUGGUUUUGAUGCAA